AUGGCGCGCGCGCUCGAGCUUUCGGCGGCGUUCUUCGCGCUGCCGGACGAGGAGAAGGCCAAGGUGCGGCUGGCGGAGGGGUCGUCCAGUGCGCCGCUCCCGGCAGGGUACGCGCGGCAACCCGCGCGCUCCGCCGACAAGAACGAGUACCUGCUCGUCUUCAAUCCCAAGCUCUGGCUCAACGUGUACCCCGCCGAGCCUGCCGGAUUCAGGUCAUCAGUUCCUUCCAAUUCCAACUUCUACUCCCUUUUCUUGGAUGCGCUGGAGGAAUGCUACGCCAAGCUCACCGACCUGGGGCUGCUCAUCCAAGACAUCCUCAACGAGUGCAUGGGCCUACCGCCAGGCUUCCUCGCCGAGUUCAACGCCGACCGCAACUUCAACUUCCUCACGCCGCUGCGCUACUUCCCGGCGACGUCGGCAGAGGAGACCAACGGCAUCUGUGCGCACGAGGACGCCAACCUCGUCACCUUCGUCCUGCAGGACAACGUUGGCGGCCUGGAGGUCCUCGGCAGCGAUGGCUGGGUCCCGGCCGAGCUCAUCGAGGGCACCAUUAUCGCCAACAUAGGCGAUAUCGUGCAGGUUCUGAGCAACAAUAAGUUCAAGAGCGCGACGCACCGGGUGGUUAGGAAGCCGGGAGCGCACCGGCACUCGCUCGCCUUCUUCUUCAACCUCCACGGGGACAGGUGGGUCGAGCCGUUGCCGCAGUUCGCCGGCAACGUCGGCGAAGCGCCAAGGUAUAGGGGGUUCAAGUAUGGAGAUUAUAUGCAGAUGCGCAUGAGGAACAAGACCCACCCGCCGUCAAGGCCCGAGGACGUCGUCGACAUCACUCAUUACGCCAUCUAGCUUGUAGAAGCUGAAUCCCAUGUGCAAUCGUGCAUUUUCGGUUCUCAAUUUUGAAUUCGUUAUGGUGGUGUUUAGA